GGUAGGUAGUACCUAUCCCUUACACAUGAAGAUAACUACGAGUAGCAGUUUAGAAGAGAUAAUAACUUCUUCCUUAAAUACUCCCAUCGCCGUUCGGACUGUCUCUUGAAUUUCCUGUGGAUACUAUCAUCACCUUCCAGAAUCAGACCACCGUUCGACCUGUACUUCCUUGAACUUUACAUCCAACUCUCUGAAGUCCAAGAAUAUCUUUAUGCUGCGGACUCUCCUUCCACGAAGGACGAUAAAACCAUUGCUUACGGCACGGAAAUUCUCAAAAAUGGCGCUUAAGACCCUGGGACCAAAACCAGCCGCCGAGCUGGACAAGGAGCUCAUGAGCGAAGAUGGGGGUUUCAGCAUCGAUCAGCUAAUGGAACUCGCCGGCUUGAGUGUAUCACAGGCUGUCUACAAAGUCCACCCUCCAUCCGAGGGCAAGAACGUCCUCAUCGCCUGCGGGCCAGGGAACAACGGCGGCGACGGCCUCGUCUGCGCCCGACACCUCUUCCACUACGGCUACACGCCGCAAAUCUACUACCCAAAACCGACCAACGCGCCCAUCUUCACAGGCCUGCAAAAGCAACUCCGACACCUACACAUCCCGUUCCUCAGCACCGAGGAAGAAUUCACCUCGGCCCUGAAAUCCACAGACCUCAUCAUCGACGCCCUGUUCGGCUUCAGCUUUAAACCGCCCGUCCGCACACCCUUCGACACCGUGCUGUCCGGCAUCAUCAAGUCCUCCAAGCCCGUGCUGGCCGUGGACAUCCCCUCGAGCUGGGACGUCGAAGGAGGACCCCCCGAGGAGGGCCUCGUGGGUCAUGAGUUCAUGCCCGAGUACUUGAUCAGUCUUACGGCUGCGAAACCGUGUGUCAAGCAUUAUAAGGGCAAGCGGCAUUUCAUCGGUGGACGGUUCCUAUCCCAGGACGUAGCCAACAAGUUCGGCCUUGAUGUGCCGGACUACCAGGGGGUGGAUCAGAUUGCCGAGGUUCCAGUCGAUAUCAAGGUUGAGGAGAAAUUGUAGAAUAAGAAAUGAAGUCAUCCUGAUCGUUGGAAAAGAUCGGUGGAUGAAAUGACCCUGAUAUACCAAUAACGAUACUUUUGUACGAUAUUCAAAAAAGAUAUCGACGAGUGCAGC